GGUCUCUUGCAGUGUUUUGUGGGAAAAUUCAAAAUGGCGGAGCAGCAAAUGGGAACGAAAAAGAUGAACAACGUUGUAGUACCAUUACUUCAUGAUUGUUACGAUCCUCAUGAUCAACAGAAGAAAGCAGUGAAUAAACAGAAGCAGGUUGUGAAAGAAUUGAGAGAAAUGUUUAACGUUUCUUCAAUAUUUGAGAUGGAUUUCCUCACCAAAGUGUUAAUGGAUUUGGCCAAUUAUAAAUACAACAAGACAAUAACAAAGUCCCUUAACAUCCUAAACAAACUGUACUCUUCGAAAUCCAAUAUGUUUAAAUUAUCAAUGAAAGUACAGGUCCUUCUAACUCAAGACUCGGCGCGAGUUCACCGAGAAGUCCUAAAAAAUAUGCCCAUCUUACGGCGAUUGGCCAGAGCCAAACUGGACGGUCAGCAAGUGAAACUGAUGGGCAGCAUCCUGGAUGAUUUGGCAGAGUUCUGUCACCUGCCAAUGACCCCAGAUGAACCACACCCUAUGAAUCAGAAUAUUUUAAUCAGCAACGGAAUUCUGGAAAUUUUGUUUGAUGUCUUGUGUCAAGACAUCGAUACGAAACUACUGAUAGAUCAAUAUGGCGGGAUGAAAGAAGUGUUUCGAAAAACCUUGUAUCUGUUACGGUUAUUAGCGAAGGAGAACAACACGGUGCAGACACAUAUUUUCGACAGACUUGAUGUAUUACUUGAUGUCCGAGUGGCCGAAUCGGACCUUGCCGUAGCAUUAAAGGAGGUAUUUGCUGGCAACCAAGCAACAUGCUUGAAAAUACAUCCCCGCCAAAUCCAGAAAAUCGUUAAUCGAGCUGCUGACCUGCAGGAGAAAGCCCCACAAUUUCUCGAUCUGCUUACAAUGAUUGUGAAAGUUUUCGGCACAGGGCUCACCCUAAAACGCAACCAGGCGUACGUAAUGAAAUACAUAAUGCAAAAUUAUAAAAAAGUCGCCUUUGUCUUGGAUCUUACCCGCGAUAAUAGAGAAAAGAUUAUGUUGAAUCCAUCGAUGAUGGAAACAUUGCGCUAUUAUAUCAGCCUCCUAGAUUUGCUGGCUACAUGCGCAGAGGGCGAAAACAUGUUCAUAGAAUCUUUGUGUCAAACCAUUUUGCCGUUUGACGAUUUGCUUUUUGUUCUCAACAACCAAAGAAUCGACAACUCUUUGAAGAAACCAUUUUUGCGUUGCUUACAUCAUGUCUACAUGAAGAAUUCUGUCGCAGUUGUUGAGACUGGGAUUGGAGAAUUGCCACAUGAUCCUGACCUUUGGGAAUAUUUGUCCAAUGUGUCAGUGGAAAUGAAUCGGCUGACUGACAGCAUCAAGGAAGAUCCGGACAAGAUCGCCAUUCACUUGAAAACUGCUCCAGAAAAAAGUGGAGCAGCAAGUUCCUUGGAUUUUGAAUCGUCAGCCUAUGGCACAGUUCUCUACAUAUUGGAAGGGGUCAUGCCCUUUCUAACAACGUUUUACAAACACUUUUAUUUCCCCGACAACGAUGCUUUUGGUAAUGAAGUAGAUGACACAGACCAUCUGGCGAAAGCAGUAGUGAUGUUCUGCGAAGUUAUUGGUCCUCUUCUAUACAAAGCAGAACAUAUGAAGAACAUGGUCAACUGUAUCACAGCUGUCGUUCCUGUCUCCAACAUGCCAAACUCGAACAUGGAAGGUAUGUUGAGAGAUUUGCCUCUGGUAUUACAGUAGAAGAUGUCUCCAGCGCUAUCCGACGGGUAGG